UCGGCGACAGCCGCCGGCUGCGCCGCGCGUGGUCCCGGGCUUUGCAGGCAUGGGGACUCCUGCAGGCCUGCAGACUGACUGCGAGGCGCUGCUCAGCCGCUUCCAGGAGACUGAUAGCGUGCGCUUCGAGGACUUCACGGAGCUCUGGAGGAGCAUGAAGUUCGGGACCAUCUUCUGUGGUAGAAUGAGAAAUUUGGAAAAGAACAUGUUUACAAAAGAAGCAUUAGCUUUGGCUUGGCGAUAUUUUUUACCUCCCUACACCUUCCAGAUCAGAGUUGGUGCUUUGUAUCUGCUGUAUGGAUUAUAUAACACCCAACUGUGUCAACCAAAACAAAAGAUUAGAGUUGCCCUGAAGGAUUGGGAUGAAGUUUUAAAAUUUCAGCAAGAUUUGAUAAAUGCACAACAUUUUGAUGCAGCUUAUAUUUUUAGAAAACUGCGACUAGACAAAGCAUUUCACUUUACAGCAAUGCCCAAACUGCUAUCAUACAGAAUGAAGAAGAAAAUUCAGCGAGCUGAAGUUACAGAAGAAUUUAAGGACCCAAAUGAUCGUGUAAUGAAACUUAUCACUUCUGAUGUAUUAGAGGAAAUGCUGAAUGUUCAUGAUCAUUAUCAGAACAUGAAACAUGCAAUUUCAGGUGAUAAAUCCAACCCAGACAAAGCCCUCAGCUUGAUAAAGGAUGAUUUUUUUGACAAUAUUAAGAACAUAGUUUUGGAGCAUCAGCAGUGGCACAAAGACAGAAAGAAUCCAUCCAUAAAAUCAAAAGCUAAAGAUGGAGAAGAAAAGAAAGAAGGAAAUUCACAAGAAUCAGAGAGAUGUGAAAGGGCAGAAUCCUUAGCAAGAAUAAAAUCAAAGGCCUUUUCAGUUAUUGCUCAGGCAUCCAAGUCAAGAAGGCACCGUCAAGUAACACUUGACUCUUCUGACUCUGAUUCUGCAUCUGGUCAAGGACAGAUCAAAGCAACUAGGAAAAAAAGAAACAAAGAAACAAUGAAAUCAGCAGGAAGGAAAAUGUCUUCCAAAAACAGAGAUGACAUGCAGAAUUUACAUAAAGAAGAUAAAUCUUUAAGGCUGAGUAUGCCUGUAAUUACAGAAGAAGAAGAAGAAGAGGACAAGAAAGGUUUUAGUGAAACAGAGUUCACUGCACCCAAGAGGAAAAGAAAAUCCAGAAAAAAGAACCCGGUGUAGAGUUCUUAAUUCUGACCUUCCUGACAGAAGAAAAGAUUUAUAUUUUGUAUGUUGAACAGGAGGACUGCCAGUAUUAAAAAUAAUUCUUCUGGGAAACUAGGUUAUUUCAUUGAAAUGGCAAUAUCUUAACAUAGUCCUAGAAUAAAGGAAAAAAAUUAGAAAGAAUUUACUUCAGAAUUUAAUUUUAACAUUUCUGUUCGUGAAAUUGGCAUAAAUGGAAAUAAAGGUUGGGUUUAGAAUGUAAAAGAAAUAAUCCUGUUAUUUGCAGAUUAUUACGGCUUCCUAUAACUUUUUGUGAUGUUUUACUUACUAUAGUUCUGAUAAUAUUAACUAUUUAAAAUACUUGUUCUUGAAAUAGUCAUAUUUAUUACAUGCAAGUGGCUAAUUUAUAGUCUUGUAAUGGAUUUUUUUAUGAUGUGUAUUAACUAUUUUAUAUAUUGUACGGAUAAGUGCAAUGCAAUUUUUGCCUUAUUUGCUUUAUUUUUAAACAUACGAAACUUCUGUUGUACAAAACUUAGAUGAUAAUUUAGGAAGCCCAGUUUCUACUUCUGCAGUCAGUUAAAUAUUCUAUGGUGCUUGUUUUAAAACUUCCUUUGGCCUAACAUUUAUGAAUAUAUGUACGUGUAUAUAUAAUAAAUGUCCAUAUGUACAUA